AGCAGUUUGUUUUGCCUCUUCCAAGAAGACAUCAUACAGAAAUACUUCUACUUAACCAAUAUCUUACUUCCAGCAGGGAAUCCAGCAGUUUAUUCCAAACACUUACAUCUAAACCAGGAGUGCUUCUGUUGUGUGGAGAUUGUGUAGGACACAGGAUGAAGAUCUCAACAGUAUUUGCCUCGGCCAUGGUGUUGGGACUACUCUUCUGUCCGCUGAGGAGCGCAGCGGUAGGUGGCUACCAGGGCGCCUCUCCGCACCCAUACAAAUACAACUCCAACCCCAACGAGUCGGAACGCUUACCGCAGCAGCCACCACAGAACGGAUUUGUCUCCCGCCAAAUGGGGCCAGUAACGGCCGCUGACGAGGUUCUAGAAUCCAGCCAAGAAGCCCUACACGUCACGGAGCGCCGGUACCUCAAACUGGACUGGUGCAAGACUCAGCCGCUGAAACAGGCGAUCCACGAGGAAGGAUGCCUCAGCCGCACCAUAAUCAAUCGUUUCUGUUACGGGCAGUGUAACUCAUUUUACAUCCCCCGACACAUCUACCAAGACGAUGGGGCUUUCCAAUCGUGUUCCACCUGUAAACCAAAAACAUUCACUACCGUCACCUAUACCCUCAUCUGUCCAGGCCGGUCACCCAGCACCCAGAAGAAACGCGUCCAGCGCGUGAAGACUUGUCACUGCGCUUCCAUAGACCUGGAUUAGUUAAAACCAGAAGGAAUGGACACAGUUCCUAUAGUCUGUGUUGAUUUGCUUUCCACUGGAAUAACUAAAAGGAAUAGAGCGAGCGACCGACCAAAUGCGUUAAAUCCAACGUGCUUCCAUUGCAAAAAACCGAAUAUGCACGAGGGAGAAAAUAUCCAAUCUUAAUCCUAAAAGAGGAGAUCAAAAGAAAACGAAAACAAGGGAACUCUUCACAACCAUGCAAAAAGCACUAAACGGUUAGCAAUGCCAACUCCAACAGACCCCCACCCCAGUGUAAUGUAUGGGACUAUAACGACUGAUUUGGCAUUAUUGACUGGUUUAGCACAUUGUAAAUGGCUUAUAGCUUCGUGCUUAAUUAUUUUUAAAUUUUGCGCAUAAUACAAAUAACAGUAUGUCUGUGGAGACCAGAAUGUUUGCGCAUGCAUGGCAUUUAAAUAUGGAGAAAAAGCCACACAAUGUGUUCAAUUUGACAUGGACUUGUUAACUGUUACGAGCCAACGUGGACUCGUUAACUGUUAUGAGCCAACGUGGACUCGUUAACUGUUACGAGCCAACGUGGACUCGUUAACUGUUACGAGCCAACGUGGACUCGUUAACUGUUACGAGCCAACGUGGAGAGAAUAAGCAUUGUUUCCCUUU